GAAACUGAGGCACAAAAUACUUAAGUAACUUGCCCAUGGUACGGAAGAAGGACCCUGGAUGAGAGAAGGAAGGGACCUGGGUUCUAGUCCUGCCUCUGCUGCUGACUGACCUAUGCGACUCUUCUCCCCCCAUCUGUAGUCACUUUCUCUCUGUAAAAUGGAUCCCCAACUGGAACUCUCCUGGCAACUGAUACCAACGAUUUGCCAAGAGAUCUGUCCCAAGGAGCUGGCAACAGCAGUGCAUCCUGUUCUUUUGUCACCAAUCUGGAUACCUGUCUGACCAGAGCAGGUGCGGCCCAGUUUAAAGGGGCAGGCCCCGCCCUGCUGAAUCUGCCGACAGAAAAAGCAUUAAAGGAGGACGUCAUCCUUUCUGAAAGUGGGGGUGCAGCUGAUCAUAGAGGGCCGUGGUGGAGGCUGUGCAUCGACUUGACCUCAUCCUUUGCAACAAAACUGCUUAUCAAGAAGUGUUCAAACCAGAGAACAUUAGCCUGAGGAACAAGCUGCGUGAGCUCUGCGUCAAGCUUAUGUUCCUGCACCCGGUGGACUAUGGGAGGAAGGCAGAGGAGCUGCUGUGGAGAAAGGUGUACUACGAAGUUAUCCAGCUUAUCAAGACUAACAAAAAGCAUAUCCACAGCCGGAGCACCUUGGAAUGUGCCUACAGGACACACCUGGUCGCUGGUAUUGGCUUCUACCAGCAUCUCCUUCUUUAUAUCCAGUCCCACUACCAGCUAGAACUGCAGUGCUGCAUCGACUGGACCCAUGUCACCGACCCCCUCAUAGGAUGCAAGAAGCCAGUGUCUGCCUCAGGGAAGGAGAUGGAUUGGGCACAGAUGGCAUGCCACCGAUGUCUAGUGUACCUGGGGGAUUUGUCACGAUAUCAGAAUGAAUUAGCUGGCGUAGACACUGAGCUGCUAGCUGAGAGAUUUUACUACCAAGCCCUGUCAGUGGCUCCCCAGAUUGGAAUGCCCUUCAACCAGCUGGGCACACUUGCCGGCAGCAAGUACUAUAAUGUGGAAGCCAUGUAUUGCUACCUGCGCUGCAUCCAGUCGGAAGUGUCCUUUGAGGGGGCCUAUGGGAACCUCAAGCGGCUGUAUGACAAGGCAGCCAAAAUGUACCACCAGCUGAAGAAGUGCGAGACUCGGAAGCUCUCUCCCAGCAAGAAGCGAUGUAAAGACAUUAAGAGGUUGCUGGUGAACUUUAUGUAUCUGCAAAGCCUCCUGCAGCCCAAAAGCAGCUCUGUGGACUCAGAGCUGACAUCACUUUGCCAGUCAGUCCUGGAGGACUUCAACCUCUGUCUCUUCUACCUGCCCUCCUCACCCAACCUCAGCCUGGCCAGUGAGGAUGAGGAGGAGUAUGAGAGUGGAUGUGCUUUCCUCCCGGACCUUCUCAUCUUUCAGAUGGUCGUCAUCUGCCUUAUGGGUGUGCACAGCUUGAAGAGAGCAGGAUCCAAGCAGUACAGUGCAGCCAUUGCCUUCACCCUGGCCCUCUUCUCCCACCUUGUCAAUCAUGUCAACAUACGGCUGCAAGCUGAGCUGGAAGAGGGCGAGAAUCCCGUCCCGGCAUUCCAGAGUGAUGGCACAGAUGAACCAGAGUCCAAGGAACCCUUGGAGAAGGUGGAGGAGCCGGGUCCUGAGCCUCCUCCUGCAGCAUCUCAAGAUGGCGAGGUCAGAAAGAGCCGGAAGUUCUCCCGCCUCUCCUGCCUCCGCCGCCGGCGCCACCCACCCAAAGCUGGUGAUGACAGUGACCUGAGUGAAGGCUUUGACUCAGACUCGAGCCAUGACUCAGCCCGGGCCAGUGAGGGCUCAGACAGUGGCUCCGACAAGAGCCUUGAAGGUGGGGGAACAGCCUUUGAUGCCGAGACAGAUUCAGAAAUGAACAGCCAAGAGUCCCGAUCAGACCUGGAAGAUAUGGAGGACGAGGAAGGGACACGGUCCCCAGCCCUGGAGCCACCUCGAGCCAGGUCAGAGGCUCCUGAAUCCCUCAACGGCCCACUGGGGCCCAGUGAGGCCAGCAUUGCCAGCAAUCUACAAGCCAUGUCCACCCAGAUGUUCCAGACUAAACGCUGCUUCCGACUGGCCCCCACCUUCAGCAACCUGCUCCUCCAGCCCGCCACCGAAGCUCCCACCUUGGCCAGCCGCAGGCCCUGUGUCAAUGGGGAUGUGGACAAGCCCUCAGAGCCAGCCUCUGAAGAGGGCUCUGAGUCGGAGGGAAGUGAGUCUAGUGGGCGCUCCUGCCGGAAUGAGCACAGCAUCCAGGAGAAGCUGCAAGUCCUGAUGGCCGAAGGCCUGCUUCCUGCUGUGAAAGUCUUCCUGGACUGGCUACGGACUAACCCCGACCUCAUCAUUGUGUGUGCGCAGAGCUCUCAAAGUCUGUGGAACCGCCUCUCUGUGUUGCUUAAUCUGUUGCCAGCUGCUGGCGAACUCCAAGAGUCUGGCCUGGUCCUGUGUCCUGAGGUCCAGGAUCUUCUUGAAGGUUGUGAACUGCCUGACCUCCCGUCUAGCUUGCUGCUCCCAGAGGACAUGGCACUUCGCAACCUGCCUCCCCUCCGGGCUGCCCACAGACGCUUUAACUUUGACACGGAUCGGCUCUUGCUCAGCACCUCAGAGGAGACGGUCGUGCGCAUCUGCUGCAUCCGCAGCUUUGGCCACUUCGUUGCCCGCCUGCAAGGCAGCAUCCUGCAGUUCAACCCAGAGGUCGGCAUCUUCGUCAGCAUCGCCCAGUCUGAGCAGGAGAGCCUGCUGCAGCAGGCCCAGGCCCAGUUCCGCAUGGCACAGGAGGAAGCUCGGCGGAACAGGCUAAUGAGAGACAUGGCCCAGCUACGGCUUCAGCUCGAGGUCUCUCAGCUGGAAGGGAGCCUGCAGCAGCCCAAGGCCCAGUCAGCAAUGUCUCCCUACCUCGUCCCCGACACCCAAGCCCUUUGCCACCACCUCCCUGUCAUCCGCCAGCUGGCCACCAGUGGCCGCUUCAUUGUCAUCAUCCCAAGGACAGUGAUCGAUGGCCUGGAUUUGCUGAAGAAGGAACACCCCGGGGCCCGGGAUGGGAUCCGAUACCUGGAGGCAGAGUUUAAAAAAGGGAACAGGUACAUUCGCUGCCAGAAAGAGGUGGGGAAGAGCCUUGAGCGGCAUAAGCUGAAGAGGCAGGAUGCAGAUGCCUGGACGCUCUAUAAGAUCCUGGACAGCUGCAAACAGCUGACUCUGGCCCAGGGGGCAGGUGAGGAGGACCCGAGUGGCAUGGUGACCAUCAUCACAGGCCUUCCACUGGACAACCCCAGCACGCUCUCAGGCCCUAUGCAGGCAGCCUUGCAGGCCGCUGCACAUGCCAGUGUGGACAUCAAGAAUGUUCUGGACUUCUACAAGCAGUGGAAGGAGAUUGGUUGAGACCGACCCCCAGGCCCUGCAGCGGGGCUGACUCCAGAUCUCUCCUGCCCUCCCUGGCAGCCAGGACCACCACCUGUAGUCACCCCACCACACGCAGACUCACGCACGCACACAGGAAGGAAGCCCAGCUGCACACAGGCUGCAGGGAGGGCCCAGGAGCCAGCUGGGAGGGCGGGGUCCCCCUGUUGCCAAGACGACGUCAGGAAAGCAAGGAAAGUGCUUGGAGCAGGAGAGGCCUGUGGGCCCCUAGCCAGCCUUCCUGCCUCAGCCCCCCUGCUUUCCCCAGGGGCAGGUGGCAGGCACGGGUGUCUGCGUUUCGUUGGAGUGGUUCCUGGACCUCUGAGGGGAAGGGACAGCAGAAGGGGCCCUUCUUCCUCACCCAAGACGCAGGGUGGUUGGUGCCAGGAGUUUGGGCCCUCUGGGCCUGGGGGUAGAGUUGGGUAACACCAGGUGUCUGGGUGGUUCUCUGCAGACCCUUCCUCUCCUUGAGGACCACCCAUCCCCCUCUCAUCUCCCUUUGCAGGGGCUGGGCAGCUCUGGAGCCUUGGGGACUCUUAAGGAAGAGGGGCCUGGAGCUGCCUGCACCAGUAGCAGGGCAGGGCUUAGAUCCCCUCCUCCUGCUGCAGGGGAUGCACACCCAUUGCCCCACUUCUGUUUUCUGUCUCCCUUCGUCUAGCUUCCAGGGCAGGGAGCAGGCCCACAACGGCUGCAGGCAGUCUGGCCUAUAUGCCAGUGAGGGCUUCUGUGCCCGCCAGCCCCAUGGUCACUGCGCUUUGUGCUCUGGGCUGCUGUGCUGGGACAGAGUGGGAUGCCAGUAAGAGGAGAGAGGGGUGAAGUUUGAGGCCACAACCCCCCUUACUAUCUAGGGAGGGGCCUGUGUUCGCAUGGACAGCAGAAAGGAGAGGCCCCUUGAAGCUGCCCGCCCAGGGACCCUCUGACCUGAUGGGCUUCCCUACUUUUGUCCUUCCCCGGGACUAAAGGCCUGGAGGAGCUGAGCAUGGGGCUAGCUUCUGGAGUGUUGAGGUGAAUGUGAGAGCAGAGAUCACGAAUAGCUCAGGGCAGUGAGUGGAGCAGCAAGAGUGGGGCUGAGUGUGGGAGGCUUUGGCCAGGAUUGCCUCGGCCCCUCCCGCUCGGGCUGCACAUACAGCUCGGGCUGGGGGUUGAGGGUCGGGGAUCUCAGCUCUGCUGUUCCCCACCCCAGCACUAGCCUAGCUUCCCAGACUGUUCUCGGAGGAGAACUGGCUGCCUGCCUCCUUCCUCUAAGACAGCAAGUCUGGGACAACCUGGGGGGAGUGGGAUCACCCCCACUUCCAGUCCCUGGCAGAGGCUGAGACUAAAGCAUCGCUUAAUAAAGACCCCCAGAAGUCCA